AUGAAAAACCAAUUAGGGUCCUCCUCAGUUUUUAAAAACUCUGCUAUAAUAUUAUGUUUCCCCUUAUCCUUUAGUAUAUCUCGUCAAUCAUUUUUUUUUUUUUCAUAUAAAAGUCAUGUUUCAAUUCCUCAUUUCUUCAAAAAGGAUUCCGGAGGGAUAGUUCACGCAAAACAAAAGAAAAUAUUGUUUUGUGAAGAGGGGAAAAUAUUGGAGAAAGGGACAGAUGUAAAAUAUACAUUAACAAACAAUAUUCAUAAUAUUAAUGAAGAAUGUUUUUACAAAAGGUUGAUAAAAACAUAUGUUGACAUACUUUUCAAUUCUUAUAAGUAUCCUUUACACAUACAGUGCUUACAUAUAAUGAGUAAAAAUUUGCUCAAGGAGAAAAUAAGAAACGUUACACAGAGCAAAGAACACAAAAGAAGAAUUUUUUCUGAGACUUGUAAUGAAUAUGAUGUAGAGGACUUAAAUAAAUUUCUGGUACAUAUUAAUAACCUUUUAUCAACAAAUAAUUGUUAUGAUAUGGAUAUAAAAAAUAAAGAAAUGAUCGUAAAAAAAAUAAAUAAUUUUUUAAAUUAUAAAAAUGUAUUAUAUUCUUUAUUUACCUUAGAACAUAAUAAAAUAAUAUUUCAUUACACAGAAAAUUUAUUAAUAAAUGAUCUGCAAAAUUGUUUUAUUAAUACAUAUUUAAAUAAAAAUAAAGAUAUUUAUAGAUUCAUAAAGAAAUAUGGACAUGAUAAUAUAUAUAUAUAUAUACUAGAGUAUGCUGAAAAUAUACAUAUUUUAAAAAAAAGAUUUUUUCUUAUCAAAAAUUUAUUUUUUAACAAGGAAAUGUAA